GCUCGCGCCGCCAUUACCUUCCGUUCUUCAUUGGGAGAUUGAAUUUUGCGGCAACCACUAGUUUAGGUCGUUACUAGCUACGUAUUUUUUGCUCUGAAAAAAAACUGCCUUUUGAGUAACAUCUGAAACAACCGAUACCAAUACAGGAGGCCCUAGUUGAUGCGAUCGAGUUGUUUAAGGAUCCAGAUUAAUACGAACAUUACAAUCUGCAUCCGAUAAACGUUUUUUUCCUUCUCUCAUGAUGCCCUUCAAUUCGCUGUUCCUGGCAGGGACUGCAUGCGAACGCCUGAGUCAGGCCUGACCCGCGCUGAUUUUAGGCUGCCGGCUGCCAAGAUAUAAAAAAGAUCGCUUAUCGCCGGCGCCAAGUGCAGUUACCAAUACAUCAUGUCAAGGGACGCGUGGUCCGUGCUGGCGGUUUCGGUCUGCCUCUUGGCUUGCCCCGUGACGAUCGGCGGGUUCUCGUGGAACAUCUUCUCCUCCCCGUCCCCGUCGACGGCCGCCACGGGCGGCGACCGCGGUCCGGCGAUGGCGCUCGACGGCGCGGUGGCCGACUUCGCCAUGGACGGGGCCGGUGGGCCCAGAGGGCUCAAGCUGCUGGAGAACGCGCGGGGCAAGCUCGCCGGGCCGCGGAACUGCUGGCAGGAUGCGUACGGAAAGCUGUUCGCCAGCUGCGGCGAGAUCAUGGCCGACAAGGAGAGGCAGUCGCGCCUGGCGUGGCACCUCAGCAGCUGCUUCCAGGAGGACUCGGGGCGCUCGCCCUUCCCGUCCUGCGCCGAGGGAUCCGAGAUGGUGCACUGCCGCAAGCGGCUCGGUGAGUCCCAAGACAAGGUCUUCCUCGAGUUCUUCUUGGAGACCAACACCCUGUGCCACCAAUUGCAGGCUGAAGCUUUCAAGCACAACACCGAGAGACUCGUCAACGACCUCACAAGGACAUCCAAGUAUGCCGAGGAGAAGCUCGAGGUGAUCGAGGAGAGGGCUGACCACAUCAUCAAAGAGUCGAGCAAAGUCCAGGACACACUGUCGUCGAUCGAGAUGCAGACCGACAACCUGGCAGAGGCGUCGAAGCACGUCGGGGUGCAGAUCAACGACGUGCUGCUCCACUCCAAGUCCAUCUUCGAGCAGUCCAAGGAGAUCGCCACCGCUCAGGCUGAACUGGGCAGAGGGCAGGCGGAGAUGAGGGAGAAGAUCGAGGCCGGCAUGGCGCGCGUUGAGGAGUCGUACCAAACGCUAGGAAACGGGAUGGAUAAGCUGAAACAGGAGACUGGAUAUAUCCACAAGGAAAUCCAAAGUGUCGGUGCGUCGAUGUCUUCGAAGAUGCAGCAUUUGCAGAGCACCGCUGAUGACAUUGGGAGUGCUGCUGGAAAGUCGUUGGAGAACCAGAUGCAGCUACUGAAUGGACAGGCCCAGGCCAUGGAUGGACUGAAUGAACUCCACAGCUUUCAAGCACAAGCUCUUGAAGAAAGCAGGGAAACAGUUCAGAGACUUGCACAGUUUGGCCAGCGUCAGCAGGAGGAGCUGCUGUCCCGACAAGAAGAGAUCCGGCAAGCCCAUGAGCAUCUCAUCCAGAAUUCUCACUCCAUACUGGAAGCACAGGAAGAGUUUAGAGCAAAGCAGGCUAACAUUUUCGCUGCUCUGGACAAGCUGUACAUUCUGCACAACGCCAUUCUAGCCGAGUCUCGCUUCAUCAAGGCCUUUUUCUUCUACUGCUGCAUUGUGUUCCUCGUCUACAUGCUCACCAGCGCAAAGCAGACGUUCAGCAUCAGGGGCCACCUCUACUUUGGCCUGUGCUUCACGCUUCUGUUGGAGAUAGGGCUGAUCAAACUCGGUGCUGACGACUUCGACAGGCAGUUCUGGGUCAUGUCCAAGGUGUUCUUGGUCAGAAUGGCGUUCCUCGGCGCUGCCACUGUUCAGAUCCUGCACUCCAUAUUCACCUACAGGGACUACGAAGUGCUGAACUACGGGCUGCUCCAGACGCUGGUGGAGAAGGUCCGGGCGCUGGAGGAAAACGCCGGUGGGAGGGCACCGUCGUACGCCUCGGAGUCGGAGGAGAGCCUGAGGGACUACUCGUGGGUCUUCGACGAGCUGGCAGACGACGUGGACAGCAAGAUGGACCCAACCUAUGUCGUGCCGCCGGAGAGGUCACCUCCAACUCGACGGCGCGACCAAAUCGUCGUGGCAGAGGAGACUGGCGAGAACUCCGUCACCACGUUUGUCUCCCGGAAAUACAAUCUGCGGGCACGAAAAUAGGCAGCGGUCUGGUUUUUUUUUAGUUCCGAAAGAGCUAUUUUGAGUGCCGCAUCAGAUGUUGGUGAAAUUUUAAUUUACACGUUGGUCUACCGCAUUGUAAAGAAGCUACCAUUCGGAAAUAAAAUCACGCUGGAGAAAUCUCGUGUGCUAUUCAGCAUUUUGC